UCCCUUCGCUUUUAAAAGAGGCACAGGAGGGAUGAGGGAGAGGAGACAAAAGGACAACACAUUGCCUCUGAGUAGAAUCGGUAUGACAGGCUGGCAUACAGAGGCUGACAGGGGAAGAGCAUCGUAGGGACAAGAGAGCGACAGACAGACAGAGGGAGAACAAAACCAAUCGGAAGACCUUUUCUCUGUGCUCCCUGCUACCCCUCCCUCCCUCUCUUUCUCUCAUUCUGUAUCUCUUUUUCUCCAUGCUCUCAUUGCUUUCGUGGAAGAGAGGAGACAAACAAGGACAGAGCCUUGAACUCAGAAGCUGUGAUGGACACCAAGGCAGUGUUUGCGGCCCUCUACAGCGUGUGCGAAGAAAAUGCCACUUUCUUCUCAGGGGGGGCUAAGGGGUCGCAGGGUGAUGCGGCUCGGCGACUGGUGGAUGCCAUGAAGCUGAUCCAGGAGCACGCUCGCAGUCUGGAGCCCGUCAUCUCUGGCUUUGCUGCAGUUUACCAUCAUUUUGACUUUGACCCACACAUACCUGCUAAUGGCUAUCGCUCGCUGGUCAAGGUGGUGCGUUGCUGCCUUCUCCACAUCAUCCACAAGGGGCGCUACAUCACUGCCAACCGCCGCAGCAUCUUUUUCCGAGUAGCGCACAAUGCAGGGGAGAUGGAGGCGUACUGCAAUGCCCUGUGUCAGCUGCGUGCCCUGCUCUACCUGGCUCAACGUAUGCUACAUGACAACAGCCAUGGCAACCUUUUUUUCCACGAUGAAAGUGGCCUAAGCGAGAGCUUUGUCCGCGAAUACUCCUCCAUGCACAAGGGGUGCUUCUAUGGCCGUUGCCUGGGGUUUCAGUUCACUCCAGCCAUUCGGCCCUGUCUCCAGACCAUCGCUAUCGGCCUUGUGGCCUUUGGAGAAAACUACAGGCGCCAUCAGUCAGGAAUAGGUGUAGCAGCCAGCUCUUUCUUUACCUCAGGGAAGUACGCCAUCGACCCAGAAUUGAGAGGGGCAGAAUUUGAACGUAUCACCCAGAACCUGGAUGUUCAUUUCUGGAAGACCUUCUGGAACAUUACUGAGACAGAGGUCCUGUCUAGUCUCGCCAGUAUGACAUCCACUCAAGUUAAGGUGAACCGGGCUCUUUCUGUGCCCCCUGUGCCCUUUGACCUUCCCCUGGCGGCCAACCACAGAGCAUCUGUCACUAUAGCUCCACCAUCAGCGCACAUUGGCACUGCUCCGGUUCAGAUGAGGCUCAUCUCUUAUGACUUACGUGAAGGACAGGACAGUGAAACUCUGCUGUCUCUCUCCCGAUCUGAGGGGGGUGCCAUCUCUCUGUCAUUGGGGUUGAAGACCAAGCGUCUCCCCUCUUCUCCCUGCUUGCUGGUCCAUUUCCAUGGGGGAGGCUUUGUGGCUCAGACCUCCAAGUCCCAUGAGCCCUAUCUGAAGAGUUGGUCCCAGGACCUCGGUGUUCCCAUAUUGUCAGUGGACUACUCUCUGGCUCCUGAGGCACCCUUCCCAAGGGCCCUGGAGGAGUGUUUCUAUGCCUACUGCUGGGCUCUGAGAAACCACCACCUACUAGGAUGGACUGGAGAGAAAAUAUGUCUAGCUGGAGACAGUGCGGGAGGCAAUUUGUGUGUGACGACAUCAUUGCGUGCUGCUGCCUUUGGUGUGCGAAUGCCAGAUGGCAUUGUGGCAGCCUACCCGGCUACCCUGCUGACUGCCUACGCAUCGCCCUCCCGUCUGCUAACACUUAUGGAUCCCCUGCUGCCACUCAGUGUGCUCUCCAGGUGUCUCAGCGCCUACGCAGGCAAUGAGCCGCAGACUGAGAAGCAGGUAGAGAAAGUUAGCACACUGAGCCUGGUGAGGAGAGACACAGCGCUGCUGCUGCGAGAUUUCCGACAGGGAGCCUCCAACUGGAUCCACUCUCUGCUGGAUCCCAACAGAGCCUCCCCCUCCCCCAGCACAGCUGCAGAAACGCCACCAGGAGCUACUGACGCAGUGAGGAAGAGCAUUUCAGAGGCAUCCAUCUCUUCCCCUCACGCUGACCCCCCUGUACCCGCAGAGCCCUCAGAGUUCCCCACCAGGAAAUUAUCUGUUAAGAGUCAGACUUGCCAGGACUUGGGAUCCCACAGUUCCACUUCGCACAGUGCACCGUUGCUCUCUGAGCGCACACCAGAAGAUGUGAAUUUCUUCCUAUCCAAGGAUGCGGAUCCUUCCAUUUCUAGCGACCUGUCUUCAGUGGCCAUACCACCCCCUGCUGGAGAGGAGGGAUUGGAGCUGGAACACCCCAGGGAGUUCCCCCUGGGGUUUGAGCCACUGCGCUCAGAGCAGCUAGCUGAGAUGAGGGUGCAGAGCUCUCCGGUGGUCAAGGACCCUUUCUGCUCACCUCUGCUGGCCCCUGAUAGCAUGCUGAAAGGCCUGCCACCUGUACAUAUAGUGGCUUGUGCGUUAGACCCCAUGCUGGAUGACUCUGUGAUGUUUGCCAAGCGUUUGAGGAGCAUAGACCAGCCUGUCACUCUGUGUGUGGUGGACGACCUCCCCCAUGGCUUCCUCAGCCUAUCACAGCUCUCCAGGGAGACGAGGGAAGCUGCCAAUGUGUGCGUGGAGAGAAUUCGCGCCGUCUUCACUCAGGAGGACACGCCCCCGGAGCCACGCAAGCACCGAAAGCUGGAAAGGACCGAUAGGGGCGUGCCGGCCUCUUCUGGGGAGGUCGCUCCUCUUUUUGCUGGCCCCAUUGAGGGAAGGGAGUUAGCUGUCGGGAGAGGGGCUAAAAUUGCUGAUGGGGAGGGCUUAGUUGCUGUGGCAGCCCAGAAUAACACUGACGCUGGUGGUAUUGGGGCUUAAAUAAGGUUAGAUAAAAAAAGAAGGACUGCUGUUCACCCGAGGAGUGAAGCAAGAGAGUAAAUGAAAGUCAGACAAAUUUAGGCAGUGCAGUGCCUAUACAAGGAAAAGAGAGAAAGCAUCCUAAAAAGCAGAAAAGGGGGGAGAGGGCAGUCUUAGAGAAUGCCCAGUUUUUGAGAGACAGAAUUGUAACUUCCUCUGCUUAACAAUUCUUGCCACUUGUCUGUGCACCAUCAUGCACCGAUGCAAAUUUGGCAGACAAAACGUACACGCCCACAAAAGACAGUCAUGUUUAAGAAUAAAAUGGUAAUUUAGCAGCUACUUAGAUCAAAGACCAACACUCACCCACGCAUGCAGCACACAUACUUAACAGAGUUGCCGUUAGGCUGCGGAGGCUCGGGCAUAAAGCAGCGCAGAAGAUUCUUGAGACGAGGCCUGAAUGGGUGAUUCAUCUAGGCCAAGGCAGUCAUUUGAGGCCCUAAUCAGAUGGUGGUAGGCACACUAUAUGCUUCUGUAUGGAGUCAUCCUUAUCAAAAUGGCCACUUGUCCUUUAGGGAGCCACUCUAAAUCACACUUAAUAACUCCACAUUGUGUUCUCCAUUACGGCAGUUUGGCAGUCAAUACAGCUUACUUUGUGGAUAGUAACUCUGUUGACUCUCUCCCAAAUAGAAUUACCAAGCUAAAACACAACAGACUGAAAGGCUCAAAACUGAUUUACUUGUUUCUUGAGAUUCUGUGGCAGUUUUUAAUCAUAUUAUUAACCCUAUACAGUAGUAUUACUUUUGUUAUUUAUAUCUUUUUUUCUGUUGCUGCAGUAUAAUCCCUGAAUCAUGACAGGUUUGUUUGUUGAUUUAUGCACUAUAUUAUUUGUUUAAUGUAAUCUUAUGCUGUUUAUUCCACAUUUUUUGAAUGUGUUCAAUAUUUACCUCUGCCUCCUUAGCCACAGCUGAUCCAACAUACCAGGACUUUCCAAUUAAACUUAUGUUCUACUCUUGGUAAUGCACAGAGAUAGCAUAAAUGUGGAAUAUUACACAGGGACACAUUGUCCUCUCUAGGUGCUUCCUGAUGUUUUUUUGUAGUGCUGAUAUUACUAAUGCAAUGAUUGCAUUUUAUUGAUUACUAAAUGAAAUUUGUGGAGAUGCACUGAGAUGCAUUAUUUUUUGAACACUAGUACAUGCUUGAAAACCUGAGUCCCAUCUCAAGUAUUUAAAGAGCCUCAACAACAAUCAUAGCUCUGAGAUGUCUGAAAGAGGCAAGCAAAAAGCCCUGCCUUCAGCUAUCAAUACAUAUUUUAAACUUCACUGCACUGAUUUCCUCUCAGGUUGUCCCAGUUCCUCGCCAGGCGUUAUUGCUCACUACUCUACUUCUCUGCACAGUACGCAGUGUGUCAAAGUACCACUUCUCUCAGGCCAGGGGAUUUCCUACCUGACAACCUGUUUCCACAAAUCAGAGGCUUUUAGGCAAAGCUCGAGGACACUGACCAAGAAAAUAGUUUGUCGGAGUGCUGUGUAAAAGCCACUGAACUUGUAUUUGGCCCACUAAAAGUGGCCGGCAGUCCAUAUUUUGUAUUUCUUUUUUGCUCCCCACCAUUACAUUUGGGGUUGACUUUGUUUUCGAUAACCUGAGGACACUCCUCUGAGCAAGAUGCCACUGAAGCACUUUGAAGUGCACAAAAAUGCCCUUCAGAGGGUCAGUCCCUCUAUCAGGUCCAACUAAAUAUAGAUGCCAACAAUGCUGGCACUGUCCUGCCCUUGCCUGGGCUGGGGUUGCCAGGUCUGUAGAGAGGGAUGCUGUGUGAUGAAUAGGAUUUAGCUGAAGCUUGGAGUGCAAAAAUCCUCCCCACCCAUAGAAGAGCAGGAUUUUCAGCAGCAAAGUCAUGCUACAGGAUUAGACCAUGCUAAGUUCUGUCAGCUCAGACUACUUACUGCAAUAUUUUUAGUCAGAUUGAUGGAGAGAACCACAGCCAUGAAGAGGCGGGAAGUAAUACACUCAUUCUCUCAGAAGUUUGCACUUGCUUUACUAGCCACUGUUUAUGCUCACUCUGCACUUUUGCAGUAGUUGGUUUGUCAAUCCGUGAAGUGUAUUUUAGGCUUGAGCUUGUAUACAUGUCUCUGUUAUAUGGUGCCUGAGUGUGUGUGCGCUCAUUCACAUGAUCACACUAGUCUCUCAGUGUGUGAGAAACAUGAGCUCACACACGGGCACGUCCUCUUUGUUUGUGUCGCGUGUUCACAUUAAGACAGGGUUGGCACUUUACAGUUGAGAGAUUAUUCAUAGCAUUAAUCAUCUCUUCAGAGCAACCUCCAUGGCACAACAGUUUUUGUUAAUAUACAUGGGCUUGACUUCAUCAAUGCUGAAAACUCCUCCGCCUUUGAAGCCCAGCAGUUGUAUAAAUUACAUGAGCUACAACAAAAUGUCAAAGAGUUGUGUCAUAUUUAUUCAUUUGCUGUGUUUUGACCUUCACAUGCCUCUUACCCUUGAUGACCACUGAUGCAUCAGGCUAAACUGAGUGCAAGUGAUGGACCAGAGGGCCUAUUUGGUGUUUUGGACAGAUGAGUUUGCAGAGAGUGAGUAAGUGUUAUGUUUAGUUCUCCCAUUCUUGACAUUAUUGUUGUUCCACCUAUGCUUCAUAUGUGCUGCCUGUAACUGUGAUCUGAAAUGUUUGAUUCAGUAUUGUUUCAAUUAGUGCCGCUGCUUCACUGUGUGUGGAUAAUCCACAGAGCAUCUUUAUAAUCCCAAAUUGUUCUUGUGAGUACAAACUAAUUUUAGUGGUUCAGUGUAAUAUUGCUUUUUUUUGGUUGUUCAAUUAUUAGGUUGUGCAACAUACCUCUACAGGUUUACUCUUCGAAAGCUCCUCUCAGCAGAGAUUUUCUUUGCCCCAGGCUGAUUUUUGAUGAAGUGCAAUGCAAAAUGCAACGCUGCUGCAAACAUGAGCCAGUCGGUUCAACCAUUAGGUCAACAUUUACAAGCUAUGCAGUUAGACACCAGCAUCACACUAUCAGUGCUUUAUGUGGCUAUGUCAAUUCUUGUUGUGCAAUGUGUUUGGAUCACCUCAAGGUUGGACUUCAUAGUUAGCAUACCAACUUAUAUAUUGCAAAACUUGUUUUUAAAGCAGAUUUAACAGGGUUUCUUUGAUGCUGAAUUAUUUUGCAAAUGUAUCGGUGUGUUAGACUGACCUCAACCACCUCUCAAAAAUAUGUCCUAAGGAGAAAAAUGCUUUUAGUGUAUCAGUUAGACAUCUUUCAUUUAUGGUUAGUUUUAAGCAGAACCAAAGACUGAAGUCAAGAGUCUUGAACAAAUGUACUGUCCUAGCUGUUUAGUGUUCACUGUAUAUGGUAUUAUUGAAAAUGCAGGUGCUCUGCAGUGUUGUAGCCUGUCUGCACUCCAUAUGCAAAUUGCUCCGCACUAUAAAAUGCAGUUUUGAUGUAGAAUAUAAUUAGCCUUUAAAAACAAAAACAAGCCAUAGACUGGAAACAAAGUUGUUUUAAGUUUACUUGUUGUUUUUUUUUAAUUUUUUAAUUUUUAUUUUCCACCACACCACAAGUGCAAACCUGUGAAUUCAAAAAAGAAUGUGUAUUAAACAUUAUAUAAUUCAUGUAGAUAGUUUUACUUUCAGAUUUGUUAACCAGAUCGAUUGCAGAUUGAUUUUUGACUGCAUUUUCUCUGCAGGUUUCAUACUAGAGUGUUGUAUCUGAUAUGCCAUGAGUAGGCUGGAUUCUUCUUUUGUUAACUUUUAUCUAAAUAAAUAUAUUCUCUCAUGAACAA